GAAAGUUUCCUUCCUCCCUGAGGGCAGUGUCCAUGGACACGGUCGGUCGCACAACUUUUACUUGAGCAGCUAUUAUGAUAUAAUGUAUAAGAACUGAUAUCAACAAGUCGGUGCAAAGACAUUGCGGUUGAACUGUGAGCUUGUCCUGCUUGUCCAGUCAGGUAGCCAGCCAGCCACGCGAAGAGACGCGAAAAAAGAGCGAGAUUCUAGCGGGUUUUUACAGGCCUGUUCGCUUUCGGUCAACUGUCGGCCUCAAGCUAACUCUACAAAAAAAGGGUCGCGGCAUCGACAAUUGAGAAUAGACUCCAACAAUAAAGAUUCUAGAUCAAACAAUUUCUCAAGUGAAACAAUCUAUCUCGACCUUUUCCAAUCUUCCAGACGCCGAUUCACCCGCCAUCAUGUCUUCACCAAAGACAGUCGCUUUCUUGGGCGCUAGCACAGGCGUAGGCCUCUCAGCGCUCAAACAUACACUGGCUGCAGGGCAUAACUGCGUUGCAUUAUGCCGAGUUCCAUCAAAACUCGAGGCUCAUGUCUCCCCAAAAAACCAUGCCAAUCUACGGGUUGUUGAGGGCAACGCCCACGAUAUCAAGGCAGUCGCUUCUUGUCUGAAGAAGGACGAUGGCUCAAUAAUUGAUGCGAUUGUCUCUACAAUCGGUGGCAAGCCCAUCAUUCACAAACUGGCAAUUGAUGAUCCCAACUGUUGUCGGGUGGGCAUGGCUGUCCUUCUCGACGCUCUCGCGCAAAUACGUGCAGAGGGUGCCGUUGGAAGACCUCAUAUCACCGUCUUUAGCACCACUGGCAUGUCAGACUUUGGACGCGAUUAUCCCCUUCUGCUAUAUCCGAUAUACGCGAUUGCUCUAAAGGUCCCGCACGAAGACAAAAAGAUCAUGGAGACCAAAUUGGCCGACAGUGGUGAGGACUUCACCAUCGUGCGGGGCAGUCUGUUGGUGGAUGGUGAGACUGAAACACAAGUGCGCGUAGGCAUUGAGGACCCCAAGAAUGGGAUAGAGUCAUUGGAGAUUGGAUACACCAUCUCCAGGGAAGACGCUGGGAAGUGGCUGGCAGAUAAGUUGCUGAUCAAGACACAGGCUGAGUAUAUCAACAAAAUUGUGUCAAUUACUUGGUGAGGGUUCAUGGUAAUUUUGUGUAUUUUAGAAGGCGUUGGAUAGUGCUUUGGGUUACAGCGUGGACGUACAAAUUACACAUGCUUUCAGUAUCUCGAGUCUUUACUCAAUACAAAUAAUAAAUUAUCUAAACACCGAGAAUUCCCAAGCGCGUCUUGAAUAAACUCUUGGUGUCCUGUUAAGAGGAACUGGCAUGGUGGCCCGCCCGAUUACCCCAAGGCAUCGCGGUGGUGAGGUGACAGGAGAACGGCACAGUCGUCCCAAAUUGCCUUAGCGCUUAUCUUUACUGUCAGGUAACUUAUCGGGGGUCUAACGCUCAG